UCUAAAUGCCUUUUUCUUUUUAAUGUUUUCAGCUGUGUGCUGUUUCUUGUUUGAUUUUUUAGAUUCUGGGUAGUAAAGUAUUUGUUUGUUCUGACAGAAACUCCUCUUCUUUCGAGUUUUCUUUCGGCUUUGUUCUUGUAUUGAUAUGAGUGGUUUCUGCGGAUUAAUUGCGGUUUCAGAAUCGAGGGAAUAUAUUCUGUUUGGAGUAUAGUUUUGUUUCUUUUGGUUUUUCCUCUUGUGAUUGCUUUUCUCUUGUACAUGAGCAAAAGUUAGUUCAUUAAUGGGCACUAUGUAACUCUUUUUCAAAUAAAAAAGGUUGAGAAUCCAUCAGUGAUUUGUUAACCUGUACAACAAAGGGAUGAGCAUUCGGUAAAAUCAAGCUCAAUUCUGGAAAAAAAAUUAUGAGGGGAGAGUUUGAUAGUUUUGAUAUUGGGUUUCAAAUGGCUAUUUCUCCAAUGGUACUUAAGUCCGGGAUUUAGUGUUGUUCUAACCAGUUUAUUAUCAAUAUCAAAGGAAAUAUUUUAUGAUCGUAGUUUCACAACCUUUUUUUGUUUGGUACUCCAUUUAUUACUGUUGCUGUGGUGCUUGGUUGUUGAAAAGGAAGUGCGAAAAAUCAAAUUGUUGUCUAUAUCUGAGAUUUGAUGACGUUCAUUGUUUGCCAAAUAUAGUGAGAAGUAUAUGUGACUCUAUUAUUUGUGCAAAGUAUGUGAAUUUUUCUCUUAAUUAGGCCCUCCAAUUGUUCAUCAAUUUAAGUGCAUGUAAGUUUUGUCCAAAUAUAUGUUUCAAUACUCUUUAUAAGAAAGUUCAAUUAUUUCUUGAUGGCCUGAGUCUCAAAAGUAUGUAGAGAAAUGUAAUUGCCAUCAUGGCGAGUAAACAAACCACAAAUUCAAGCUGCACGUGUUUUGCGCUGUCUAGAAGUAUCGGCUUUUUCAACAUUAGAGUUCUUCUAUGUUCUGUUUCCCAACAAUGAAGUAUGUGCAAAGGUUUUAAGUUUGAAGUUGUCAGAGAAAGACCUAAAUUAAUGUGCUGCUAGAAGCAUAUAUUCCACUGCAAAUAUUUUUUUUCCAUGGGGCUGUUUUUUUUCACUUGAAAAAGCCUUGAAAGCUGGUUUCCCUGAAGGCUUGUCAUAUUAAACAUUACUGUGACAUGCUUUGUUUUCUUGAAGAAGCCCGUAUGGUUUUUGACUAAUCUUCUAUGAAUUAUAAAGAUAUACUUAAAAUAUCUUAGAAAUCAGUUGUUCUGAUAGAUGGUAAAGUAUCCUCUUAUUCCUGUGAAUUGAGGCAUCUUAUAUUUGCUAUUGCAAAUGAUGUCUAUAAAAGCUAAGCUUACAAGUUAUAUUUUCUUGACUACACCCUGUUUUUAUACAUGAGUAGUUAUCUAGAGUAUAGCACCAGUAAAGGUUUAAGCCUAACUGGAUGGUUAAGUAACAUUAUUUUCUGUGACUAACAUUGGGCAUGUGUGAUGCAUGUGAAGCAAGCAUCUUUGGGUAUGAAAGAGGCAAAGGUCAGGUGAUACAUAUAGGAAGAUAGAUAAACAUGUUGAGAAAGCUCAUAGACACAAAAACAAUAGAAGACAUGGGAUUCUACGUCCCACUCCAAUGGGAUUAAAAUUCCAAUUAAUAUUAUCUGAUGGAUGGCACUGAUUGCUUCCUUGUUUUAUUAUAAUAAAUGUGUCAUGCAUCGGUUGCUUAAAAAGAAAGGAGGAUCUACAUAGGGAGGCUGAGGAAAAUUCAUUGAUGCUGAGGCUCAUAUCCUUAUCCUUGGACUGUAAUUGUAAAUAUUAUGCUGGGUGUGGUACACAAAAUUGGCUUUCUUUUCUCCUUCAUGUCUAGAUUGGUCCCUGCUUAUGUUGCUUGUGAUUGUAGUGAAAAUUAGACGCAUUUAUUUGAUGUUAGUUGGUGGAGCAUUGUUAUGCAAACUACCCUGGCCUUUUGGAACCUAGUAGCGGGGAAUUUAGCUGCCUGUGACUUGAUUAAGGAUGUAGGUAAUAAGAAAAGAGCUACCUCAUGUGAAUAGAAAUAGAGAUGGUAAACAUGUGGCUGUUUAUUGGUCGUGGAAAUCUAUCAACCAUUGGGUACCUAGUGAUGUUAAUAAUGGCAUUCUAAAAUCUUGGAGAUAAGCGUCAUACCAAGUAACCUUUCCUUGCUCUUACCCAAGGUACACGAUACCGUACCGAGCCAGACAAUAUGGGGCAUACCAUACUAUAACAGUACCGAACUAGUACAUGGUACUUGGGGCAUAUACAUGGAAUCUAUUCUCGUACUGAGUGUACCAACACAGUAACAAAAUGGCACUAGUAUGGGGCCCGAUACCGAGAUGGCGUAGCUUGCUCCUAUCCCUUUAAGAUCUUGGUCGUUUGACCCAAGAGAUGAGUUGCCCCCUACUAUAUUAGUUACUUAGGAUGGUAAGACUUCAUGAUGAGGCCAAAGAAGCAAGGAUAUGGUUAGUCAAGUAUGUCAUUCGGCAUCGUUUCAACUUUUUUGUUUCGGUAUUUCAAUUAAUUCUAAUUGUUAGAAUUAUGCAUUAGGAUGACAUUUAGUUAUGACAGAUUAAGGUAUGGAUUAUCUACAUUAGAAGUUUUAUGCAAGUCCUAUUUUUUAUCAUCUAUGUUGCCUCUAGAUUAUAUUUUUCUAAUGGCAUGCUGUUAUAGAAACUUUGUUAUAGAUCAUAUGUGCAAUAUUUUUUUUCCAUUACAAUUGCUUAUUGUUUCCUAUAAUACUUAUAUAAGGCCUAAAUUGGCAAAUGACAACAGAAUUACCUGUCAAUGAUCUUAGUUGUUAUAAGUAUCUCUAAGAUAGCAUUAAUUGGCUAAAAUUCUUUAAAAAGCCAUGAAAGAUGAUAAGUUUAAGUGGUUCACUAAUUUAAAUGGUCCACACUAGUCAAGACUUGGAAAAAAACUCAGGUAUCCAAUUUUUCCUUCAGUUUGAUGACAUUUGGUCUCAAAAUUGUUUAUCUUUUAUACUUAGCAAAUAAGGCCAUUGCACCCAUCUUCUACUACGAGCAAGCUUUAGUGUUAUUCAAAAUAUUCCCAAGGACAAAAAACAGAACACCUCUUACUUAGAUGGUAACUUGGGUUAAGGAUACCCUAUGCUCACAUAUGGGUGACCGCAGCUUAGAUCUUAGUCUUAGAACAUGUGGCAAAGCCUCUCAUGCGUGUAGUGUUACUUUUUCAUUUAAAAACAAAACAUCUCUCUUUCUAGUAUCGAUCCCAACAACACUCGGAAAGUUCUCGAUUCUCUUUUCUUCUCUACUUUCCUCUCUAGUAUUAAUCCCACCAACACCUGGAAAAAUCUCAACUCUCUCCCCCUCCCAUUUCCUACAUCAAGAGAUAUCCAGAGAUUCUUUGGUUUGGCGUUCUUGGUAUAGUUCUUGAAUGAUCAAGAUUCCCUGAGAGAUUCCCUGAGAAAUAGCCAUGUCCAUGGAGAAUUCGGAGGAGGUUGACAACAAGAUGGACUCUUUGAGCCUUUACAAGACCCAGAAUGAGAAAAGUCCUAAUCUUACUAUGUCUCAUAUGGAAAGAAUAUGUGAGAAUACAGUGGCCAUAGACAGCAAGCAAAACCCAUUAAUAGAUUUUGUCCCAGUUACUCGAUCAGGGGACUGGUCUGAUAUUGGCAGUCGGGAGUAUAUGGAAGAUACCCAUGUGUGCAUCUCUGACUUGGCUAAGAAGUAUGGUUAUCAUUCACUGGAUCAGGAGACGGUUUCUUUUUAUGGAGUAUUUGAUGGACAUGGAGGGAAAGGUGCUGCACAUUUUUUCUGUGACAGUUUACCUAGGGUCAUUGUGGAAGAUGCUGAAUUCCCUCUUGAACUUGAAAAGGUAGUCACGAGAUCGUUUAUGCAAACUGAUACUCAGUUUGCAAAGAUUUGUGCUGUUCAGUCUGCACUGUCAUCUGGGACAACAGCACUUACUGCAAUGAUAAUUGGAAGAUCUCUAUUAGUUGCUAAUGCUGGAGACUGCCGAGCUGUGCUUUCCCGACUUGGGAUGGCAGUAGAAAUGUCCAAGGAUCACAGGCCCUGUUGUAUCAAGGAAAGAAAACGCGUCGAAUCCCUUGGUGGCUACAUCGAUGAUGGAUACUUGAAUGGUCAGCUUGCUGUGACCCGAGCUCUUGGUGAUUGGCAUCUGGAGGGCAUGAAAGGUAUUGGCGAGCGAGGUGGACCCUUGAGUGCUGAACCAGAGCUUAGGAUGAUUACUUUAACAAAAGAUGAUGAGUUCCUGAUAAUAGGCAGUGAUGGUAUAUGGGAUGUCUUCUCGAACCAAAAUGCUGUAGAUUUUGCUCGGAGGAGGCUCCAAGAACACAAUGAUACGAAAUUGUGUUGCAAGGAAUUGGUUGAGGAGGCAAUAAGGCGAGGAGCUACAGACAAUCUGACAGCAGUUAUGGUAUGCUUCCACUCAGACCCCCCUGCUCGGAUGGGGGUACACAGGACUAGAGUGCCGAGGGGCAUAUCAGCCGAGGGAUUUCAUAGCCUUAGGCGCUCUCUAGAAGCUUAAACAAAGGCAGGCUUUGCCUUUGUACACUCUUGCUAUAUGCUUUGUCCAUAUAUUUUUAUCGUCUAAUUCUAUUAUAGAGGUGUCCUAGCAGAAAUUCAAGGUGUUGUAUUGUCAUUGAUGGAAUGAGUUGUUGAAAAACCCAGUUCUUAAAGUAUCCAUUUUGAGUUGUUUGUAAAUUAUUAGCUGGAGCUGAUAAGGCUGGAGUGAUGGUGCAUCCAGGGCUCUUUGAGCUUGUUAUUGUGAUGUUUAGGUAUGGAUGUGUAUGCAAAUAAAAUAGUACUGAUGCUGAGAAUUGCAUCAUGUAGUUUAUGUGUAUAAACUAAAAUACUACUGAUCAUUGAUUCAACAAAAAAUGCAUUUUGCUGGUA